AUCGGUAGGUAUCUUGACAAAACAACCUACACCAGGGGAAAGACAAUACGUCCCUACAAAGCACAUGAACAAAAAGCACUCCUCUGCGACAGCGAUAUUCCUAUUACUGCGACGACUCAAACGUCGAUACAAUAACCCCGCAAAUCUGUCUUCGAUCCCUUUGAAUGGACCCCGACUUGUCUAGAGGUUGCUUUAGGUCGGCUCGGUUUCCCCUGGUCUAAUGGUUAAGCCUCUUUCAACAGAUCUAUCGCGACUCUCACGAUUGUAACGACAAAGCACGCUGUUAGUCGCAAUAUUUCCUCGGCUGCCGCGUUGCAGACUUUCAGAGCGGCGUUACAAUUACUAUUACUCGUGGAUGUUAUCAACUUCCCGAACUGGUCACCAUUAAUUUGUUAGAGAGGGCGCUGUUCGGGCUCGUGUGCGCCAACAGCUGGUUGCACGUUGAGCUUCCGGCCUUGGAGUAGACCGUCUAUCUAUCUAGGUACCUGGAAAUGUCUGCUGCUUCUGGGACUGAUGUCCUUAAGCCGAAGCAGUAUGGACCAAGGGUCCUACAGCUUCGCGAGAUGAUCUCGCAGCCAGUUGUUGCAGCCUUCUGCGCUGGCGGAGUAGCCGGCGCCGUUUCAAGAACCGUCGUAUCCCCCCUCGAACGACUUAAGAUACUCUUCCAAAUUCAAAGUGUUGGUCGCGAGGAAUACAAGCUUUCAGUUGGACAGGGCUUGAUGAAAAUGUGGAGGGAGGAAGGCUGGCGGGGCUUCAUGAGAGGAAAUGGAACGAAUUGCAUACGAAUUGUGCCAUAUUCUGCAGUCCAAUUCGGGAGCUACAACUUCUACAAGAAGUUCUUCGAGAGUACACCCGGCGGCGACAUGAGUUCUGUCAGACGCCUAGUUUGUGGUGGAGCAGCUGGUAUUACAUCUGUGUUCUUCACAUACCCUCUUGAUAUCGUCCGAACUCGUCUCUCAAUCCAAUCUGCUUCGUUUGCAGCGCUUGGUAAUUUACCACGAACAAAGCUACCGGGGAUGUGGACAACUAUGGUAACUAUGUAUAAGACUGAAGGUGGUAUUCCCGCUCUGUACAGAGGUAUCAUUCCAACAGUCGCUGGCGUUGCACCAUACGUUGGCCUGAAUUUCAUGGUUUAUGAACUCGUACGACAAUACUUUACACCUGAAGGAGACAAAAACCCAAGUGCAUUACGGAAGCUUGCUGCUGGAGCAAUAUCCGGCGCUGUGGCUCAGACAUGCACUUAUCCAUUUGAUGUCCUCCGUCGUAGAUUUCAGAUCAACACUAUGUCUGGUAUGGGCUAUCAAUACAAGUCAAUAUUUGACGCGGUUAGAGUCAUCAUCGUCCAAGAGGGCAUUCAGGGCAUGUACAAAGGCAUUGUUCCAAAUCUUCUCAAAGUCGCACCGAGCAUGGCAAGUAGCUGGCUCAGCUUUGAAAUGACCAGAGAUUUUUUGCUCACACUUAGACCCGGUGUCGAGGACCUAUGAGAUUCGGCAAAGCGUUCUCACUGGGAACGACGUGUAAAAUAUUCCUUUCUUGUUCUUAGGCAGUGCAGAAAUGGGGUUACGGCGCAACUCAAGCAGAAAGCUUUGUAUACGAAGGCGUGGGGUAAGCACUGGUUGCAUUUGGAAAGGCAGAGAGCGGGUGCAGCAUAAAGCUUGUGGAGAGAGAAAGUGGUAGAUAUUCCGUUGCUAAACGCUGCGGGCCACAGAUGGGGAUGAGCAUAGAUUUUCUGAAGCCAAGGGUGAAGAAGACACAGACAAUGAUGGAACAGCAAAUAUGGCUCGAGUGGCAGCUGUAUGAAUCAAUAGACUGGAAGAACUUAAACCUAUCACUCCAGGCAUGAUUCACACUUCCGCUACAGUUGAAGCUCAAGGCUCCGCGGUACUGCUUAGGACUACCACCAUGCCGAUGCAGAGAUGGAUAAUUUAGGUAUAUUAACC